AUGGGAGAUGCAACGAGAAAUCCGAGCUUUGUUUAUCGGCGAAAGCGAAGCUAUCAAUGGUCUUGCCCUAUUGCACCUAAAUUAGAAGAAAGACCAAAAUCUGCAAAUAUAUCUGCGAUGGGCUACAGAAAAAAACAACAGCCACCUCCAAAUAUAAACGAUUUAACGAAAUCUACAUCAAAUAUAGACAGCGGACCCAUUAUUGAUACAGAAGUCGAUAAUGAAUCUUUAUAUCAGUCAACAAAGAUGGUUCGAACUCAAGUUAAGAAUAUAGCAUACAACGUUAAAUUAGAUGACAUUUCUACACUAUCUUUUGAUGAACAGUUUAGUCUAAAACUCAAAUUUUGCACAAAUAUAUAUGAUUUUGCAAACCCAUAUGAAGAUGUAGGUCCAAAAGAACAGAAAACGCGUGUCCUCUGCGAGCUAGUGCAAUUUUUUGAACAAUCAGCAGAUUCCAAAAAACUCAGUCCAGAAGUUCAAGAAUUGCUUAUGAAUAUGAUUAAAGCCAACAUCAUACGUCCAACACCAUCCAUUCCUCUCUCUCCUAUUCUUCUUGAUUUUGCUCUAGUGUUUGUAGAACCCGCUUGGCCACAAUUAUUUUAUGUCUAUCAACUACUCAACAGAUUUAUCUCACUCUACCCCGAGUCACCUCUCCUCAACAUUGAAUUCGCUCGAACGGCAAUAUAUCUUACAAAUUUACCAGAUAAUAACGAACGUCUUCAAUUAUUGUCAUUUCUUAGAGCAUAUUACGACAGCCAUCAGAACAGCAAAGUCGAUAUUAUCAAAUGCAUACAGAAAAAGCUCGUAGAUCUACAAGAUUUAGAUUCUCCGCCGUUUUGUGUGAUGCCAUUACUUGUUUACUUAUCACACAUCUUCCAGCGAUGCAACAAAAACCCUCCUGAUGAGUUCUACACCGUCAUCAGGUCCUCAGUGUUCCCUCUUGCCCUUAAUAAUUACUUACCAUUAUAUCAUCAAUCGAUGAUCUCCCUUUUAACAGCUGUUUUACCACAGGACAGCUCUCUCAAUAGCGAGUUCCACCAUUUCCUCGUAAGUUUCUGGCCAAUAGGCAACGGCCAGAAACAGCCAUGUUUCGUGGAAUUCAUUUUAUUGACAAUGUCGAAAAUGUCACCGGCACAAGUCACAGAAGCCAUCAAACCUACAAUGAAUAUCUUCGAGCAGGUGGUGACGGGUGAACAGGUAAGUGCCGCACAGAUGGUUUUCGACUUCUUGGCCAAUAAAUCUGAACAAUGGGUAAACGACCACUCAAAAAGAGUGAUUUUGUCACUUUUUGACAGAGUGAAGUUUGUUACUACAAACCAUUGGUCUACGAUUAUGAGGGAUAAGGCACAGAGCGCGUUGGCAGGGUUAGGGAAACUGGACAGGAAGUCCUUUCUCAAGGCGAAAACAAGUAAAACGUCGGACCAAGUGAGGAAACAAACUGAUGAAGAAAAAGCUGCGGCAAAGAAGUGGAGAAAGAUUGCUAAUGCGGCUCAGGAUUAUGAUGGAGAUAUUAAACAAAUGAUGGACUUGAUCAUGAAGACAUUUGUUCCGAAAAAGACUCUGUUCUGA